GUUUCAGACCUGAUGGAGCCAAAAGAAGAAAUCACAAAUGCAAGAGAACAGACAGAUCAAGAUCUGAAAGCAGUAAAGGAGGAAAUUUUACAACUCAAUGAAAUGGAGGAGAAACCUCAUCAUUUGAUACCCAAGGAAGAAUCUCUGAGCUGCUCGAUAACUGUGAGGAAUUUGUUUCCUAAAAGAAAAAAAAAGACAAAAUCAACAGCCAAGGAUGUUCUUAUUUGCCCUCAGUGUGGGAUGACCUUUACCUAUAAAUGUCAAUUUAAUUACCACACGAGAACCCACACUGGAGAAAAACCUUAUAGAUGUGAUCAAUGUGAAAAGGCCUACAACAGAAGUUGGGACCUUAAUGAGCACAUGAAAACCCACACUGGAGAACAGCCUAGAUGUAAUCAGUGUGGAAGAACCUUCACUCGUAAGUCUGACUUAAACAAGCACAUGAGAAUUCACACUGGAGAAAAACCUUUCAGAUGUGAUCAGUGUGGAAAGACCUACAACAGAAGUUGGGACCUUAAUGAGCACAUAAGAACCCACAAUGGAGAACAGCCUCGAUGUGAUCAGUGUGGAAGAACCUUCAGUCGUAAGUCUGACCUGAAAAAGCACAUGAAUGUUCACACUGGAGAAAGACCUUAUAGAUGUGAUCAGUGUGGAAAAACCUUCACUCGCAAGUUUUGCCUUAAUGUUCACAAGAGAAUUCACACUUCAGAAAAACCUUACAGAUGUGAUCAGUGUGGAAAGACCUUCAAGAAGAAAGUCCACCUUAAGGUUCACACAAGAUUUCAUACUGGAGAAAAGCUUUACAGAUGUGAUCAGUGUGGAAAUUGUUUUUUUCGUAAGUUUGAACUUAACAGGCACAUGAGAAUUCACACUAAAGAAAGGCCUUAAAUAGCUCCUACUAUGCUGGUUUUCACAUUUGAAGAGUUCAGAUACAAGCCACUAAACGCCACCUUGGUCAAAGAGUUAAUGAUAUUAACCGAAAGCUCUUGGCAUGUAUUAUAAGUUCAUUAAAUACUUCUGCUUCAAUUUUGCUUAA